AUGGAAACUAUUCUUGAACAUUAUGCUUCUCCAUGUGAGAACACCUGCAAUAAUGUUGUCGAAGAAGAGUCAGACGAGGAGGUUUUCAAGAUAGGACCCAAGCUACUAUUUUGUGCUUCUUCCAUUUCACUCACCGCGGAAGAGUUUCGAAGUCUAAGCGUGGGGGAAGAUCAUAUGGAUGAGGAUUCUGCUAGAGAAGUUAUCAAAGAGGAUAAAGUAUAUGAGGAGUCGAUAAGAGAAGCUUCGGAGAAUCAGACAGAUCAGUCUGAAACAACUACUUCCAAGCCUAGCACUUCAGAUUCAGAUGGUUGGCAAGGAUUCAUCAAAAGACUAAAGAAAGGACCGUCUAUACAGUUGCAUACGUUCCAUCCUACCAUUCCUGCGCUACCCUCACUACCUUCCAUAAAGAUGCUAUCCAAAAGAAAAAGUAGGAGUGCACGACGUAGCAUGCCAAUGCUGCCUGCUCCUACUCUAGAUGCUGAUUUACAACACUGCUUUGAAGCUAACUGGAAGAAUUUCUCCCUCUCAGAACUUAAGCAAGCUACCAACAACUUUAGUUCUGAUAACUUGAUUGGUGAGGGAGGUUAUUCUGAAGUAUACAAGGGACUUCUCAAAGAUGGCCAACCUGUGGCAGUGAAAAGGUUAACCAGAGGAUCUCAAGAGGAAAUGACGUCUGACUACUUAUCUGAGCUAGGAAUUUUAGUACAUGUCAAACAUCCAAACGUUGCCAAUGUAAUUGGCUAUGGAGUCGAAGGGGGGAUGCACCUUGUUCUUCCUUUGUCUCCUCAUGGAAGCUUAGCUAAUAUGCUCAGUGGUGACAGGGGUAAAUUGACUUGGCACGUAAGGUAUAAUAUUGCUCUAGGUACUGCAGCAGGUCUUGCUUAUCUUCACGAGGGCUGCCAGAGGAGGAUUAUCCAUAGAGAUAUCAAGGCUGCUAAUGUAUUGUUGACAGAAGAUUUUGAGGCUCAGAUAACUGAUUUUGGACUUGCAAAAUGGCUCCCUGAUAAGUGGACUCACCUCACUGUAUCGCAGUUUGAAGGCACCUUUGGAUACCUCCCUCCUGAGUUCUUUAUGCAUGGCAUUAUGGAUGAAAAAACUGAUGUGUAUGCGUUUGGUGUGUUACUGCUGGAGAUCGUUUCUGGACGUCCAGCUUUGGAUGAAGCUCGUAAUAGUGUUGUGAUGUGGGCAAAAUCAUUGCUCCUCAACAAGAAAAAUAGUGAGAUAGUCGAUCCAUCACUCGGAGAUGCAUAUGACUUAGAGCAGCUUAAUCAGAUUCUUAUGGUUGCCUCAUUGUGCAUACAACAAUUUUCAACAGAUAGGCCUUCAAUGAUCCAGGUUGAACAAAUGUUAGUUGCUGUUGAUGGCAUUAUACAGAGCAAGAAAAAGUUUCAAAGGUGGCCUCCCCUCAAGCGAAGAUGUGGCAUAGAACUGGAUGCACUACUUGAGUCACCCUAA